CUUGACCACUCGCAGGAUCGCGGCACGCUCGUUGCUGACUGCUUGCAGCCUUGCAGGUACGUCGGGUUUGUUGCCACGAGCCCACGAGCUGAGAUCCAGACGUCUAGUACUGCAGUGUGGGGGUAUAGUGGACAUGGCGAAGGCUGGCGUCCCGCAUCAGGCUGGGGUGGUAGCGCUGCUGCUGUGCGUCCUGCUGGUUCUGUCGUCCGCCGUGACAACGGCCGAGGCCGCCCGGCAGCUGGGGAGGAGGGACGCCGUGGUGGUGGUGACUGCGGCGGCGACGGCGACUACCGCGACCGUGAAGGGGCGGCUCGGGAAGGUAAUGCGAGAGGAGAUGGAGGUGGACGACGCCGUCGGCGUCGGCGAGUCCAAGAGGCGGAGCCCCGGCGGGCCGGAUCCUCAGCACCACUGAAACAGGAUACGUUCGUUACUGUCUGCCGAUUCUGUACCACGUUUCUUCAUUCGUACCGUGCGUACUGUAGUGGUCAUAUACAGGGGACUUGAAGAGAGUAGCAUUCCAAGAGCUAGCUAGCGUUUGUGAUGCUCGUCUCAAUAAAAGGGAGGAUCUAGUUUUUAGUUUUACAGCUAUAAUUGUAGAACAAUUUCCCUUUAGCCCUCAGGGUCAUACUACAUAGACCACAGAUGAUCGUCGUCUGAAAUAAGUUAGCUUAUGCAAUGGUUCUUCGGAGAGCUUACAAAGAAUGAUGUAAGAAACUUUGAUCCGUUUUUGGCUGCCAUUUAUGGCAUCUGAAGUUUCAGUUCACAUAUGUUCCAUUGAAGGCAACACUGGACCUUUUCUAGCUGUUAA